UGUAACCAGGAUGCUGAUGACGCUGCUGCUGCUCACAGUCAGUGAAUGUGGAAGCAGCCCUGUUGUUGGUUAUGAAGGUCAGAAUGUCACUCUGUCAUGUAAAUAUGACAUCAAGUAUCACAAACCGCAGCCGAUCUGUUGGGGUCGAGGAGAUCUUCCAAAAUCAGGAGGCUGUAAAAACCAGCUCAUCUCCACAGACGGAUACAAAGUGGAAGAAAGAGUUUCCAGCAGGUAUCAGUUACUAGGACGACUGGAUGACGGUAAUGUUUCUCUAACGAUACUGAACCUCACAGACUCAGAUGCUGGACGGUAUGGAUGCAGAGUGCUCGUAUACGGAUUGUUCAAUGAUGAAAAACAUCACAUUGAUUUGAACAUCAAAGGAGUACUGACGACAUGGAGAGGAAGUGAUGCCACAAGCAACAGACCCACAGAGUCCACGGUGACACAGGUUCAGGAGAGUUACAGGAUUUAA